AGAUAACAUUUUGUUUGAGGUUGUGCCUUUUCUUACUGCGACACUCCCAAUGGUCGGUGAGGGAGCCUUGCCUGGAGAAGGGAAGAAAGUAUGUGUCACAGGAGCUUCUGGUUUUAUUGGAAGCUAUGUUGUCAGGCUUCUUCUCGAUUGGGGGUAUCACGUGAAAGGAACAGUUCGGGAUGCGAACAGCGAAGAAAAGACAUCAUGGAUUCGCGAUCUUGCUAAGGGAAGGCCAGGGAAGCUUGAGCUAUUUUCUGCCGACUUGAACACGCCUGGAAGUUUUGACGACGCAGUCGAGGGAUGCGAUUUUGUCUGCCACGUCGCUUCUAUCGUCUGCUUGAAAGUGUCGGACCCACAGACGGUUGUGGAUGUAGCGGUCGAGGGGACAAGAAAUGUGUUCUCCUCCAUCCUCAAGCAUAAAACGGCAACACGAGUUGUCUUCACCUCAUCUGCAGCUGCAGUCAUGGACUACUCCUCAAACCGAGUACUAACCGAAGAAGACUGGAACCAAAAUUGGGAUAUUCAUGAUCCCUACCCGAUGGGCAAGACUCUUGCAGAGAAAUUUGCCUGGAAGACAGUGGAGGAUUUCAAAGGACAAGCGUGGAAUUUUGACCUUGUCACAAUCUGUCCAACCAUGGUGUUUGGUAAAGCUAUGCGAGAGGAGCACGCUCGGACAAGCCUCAAUGUGAUAAGACAACUCAUGGAGAAUCGGUUGUUCCUGGCUCCAAGUUUGCAUUUCAGCAUAGUGCACGUUGAUGACGUUGCACUUGCUCAUGUGUUGGCGCUUGAGAAAGAGACUGCUAAAGGGAGGUACAUAUUGUGCAAUGGGGACACCCUCAGCAUGCUAGAAAUCGCUGAUGUGAUUCGGAAGAAAUACCCGCGCUCCAAUGUGCCCAGAUACGCCAUGCCAACAUUUUUUAUGUAUUUAGCACCGCUUAUCCUCCCUGGUACGAAGACUGCGAUUGUGGCGCGGCAUUUCCGCAACUCCCCUACAUUCGACAAUACGAAAUCCAAAAAGGAUCUGGGUCUGAAGUAUCAUUCAUCAGAAGAAGCCAUCUUAGAUGCUGCUGCCAACUUCCCAGCAUGUUGGGAAAAUGGGCUUGCAAGUUAGGUUCACUUCUGCAAUCUGUGUGGUGGAUCAGAGCUUUACAUUGCACUGGGUCUCUGUGUGGUGUGCUUUCAUGUGCUCCCUGUUGUUCAUAC